CGGGGCCUGGGGAAGAGGUGGGGCUCUUCACAGGGUAAACUGAGGCAUGCCUAGCUUCCUUGAGGUUGAGCCCAACCUCCCACCCCAAUUUGGAAGCUGGGGGGGGGCCUGAUUCCCAUUUCUCCCCAGUAUGGACCCCGCCUCUCCCCAGAGCUCCAGUGUUAGGGACCCACUUGGCCCCCCCCCACCUGAUUGGGGGCAGCAGGCCAUGACCCCCCCUCUGUCCAACCCCUCAGCCCCUCCCUGCUUCACCAGUUGCCCCCCCCAGACCCAGCUGCUCCCCCCUGGCACCUUGAUCUGGCUCAUGGGGUCUUGCCUCACCAAGGCUGAUGCCCCUGCCAUGGAUGCCAGCCUCGGGCCAGGUGGGGAUAGAGGGCUUCCUUCCCAAUCGCAGUAGCGCCCUGGCACUGGGCUGGGCUGGGCUGGGCUGGGUGGAAGGGGUUGUGAGGGGAGGGUACUGCUACAGGGGCUAAGGUCUGGGGGGGCGGGGGGAAUGUCCUGGACGCCUGGGUCCUCGUGUGGCACCAGCCCAUGUGAGAGCGAUGUGUGCGUGACCUCCCCCCGCCCCCGUGACUGGGGGGGGCAGGAUAGCCCCCAAGCCCACUCCUUAGGUUGGGGGGCACCUCCCAGCGAGCGGGCAGGGCUUCAGCUAGGUCCCGCCCCCAGGGAUGUGGGCAGGGCUUCCUGUAGAGUGCAACUGAGAGCAACCCCAGGGCCCUCUAUUAAUCUGGGGGGGGAGGGAGUCUCUCCCCCAGAUCUGCCCCUGCCCCAUGGAGGCCAAAUUGCCUGGGGGGCGGCACUUAGAUGGUCCCUUUGCCCCUCCCCCACUGCUAUGGGGACCCCAUUGUGAUGCGUUUCCUUUGCUGGGAAACAGGGCCAAGCCCCUCGUCCCCCAGGGCGCCCCAGCUGACUUCCCCUGGGGUCUCUGUCCAGCCUCACCCCCCCACCCUUGACCCCCCAACUUGACCCUUGAACCCCACCCCUGAACAUGUGAGAAGAUGCCCGAGAGCCUGGAGCUCGAAGCUGACGGGUCCCCAGAGAAGUUUCCUGCAGACGUGGAGCCAGAGCCUGGGGACCUGAUUGAGAUCUUCCGCGUCGGGUACCAGCACUGGGCCGUGUAUGUGGGCCAGGGCUUUGUCAUCCACCUGGCCCCGUCCUGUGAGCUGCCCAACGCGGGCCUGGACAGCCUGGCGUCGGUGCUGAGCUGCAAGGCGCAGGUGCGGCGGGAGCGGCUGGGGGCGGUGGCCGGGGGGCACCGCUACCGUGUCAACAACAAGCACGACGGGAGCCUGCAGCCCCGGCCCAGCCUGGCCGUGGUGGGCAGCGCCGAGGGCCUGGUGGGCUGUGAGCUGGCCUAUCGCCUGGGCAGCUGCAACUGCGAGCACUUCGUCACCCGGCUGCGCUACGGCGUCGCCCGCAGCGACCAGGUCCAGGACAUCGUGGUGGGCGUGGGCGCAGCUGGCCUCAGCCUGGCAGCGCUGGGCCUGCUGAGAGCCGUGGUGAAGAAGAGACACCGGCAGAACCAGUGACGCACUGGGACACAACUGGGACUGGGGGUUUUGGGGGGGCCUUCCAAGAUUUCCAGGGGGGAGGGGCAUGUUUCAGCCUGUGCCUGUGUUUGGGAGGGCCUCAGGGACCCCCCCCAGUCCCCCCAUUUGAUUCACAGAAGAGUAAAGGCCAGAGAUUGGUACAAAGCCUCUAUGCACGGUGCUGUACCUGUGGGGGAGCGGGGGAUCAGGGUCCAAGUUUAACCCUCCAGAUGCUGGAGUGGUGUUUCAGCCUUUCUCAUGCUCUGUCUCAUCUACCCCCUCCCCCCCGCACAGCAAAGGGGGGUGAAAAAAUGACCUGUAUGGGGAUAGUUAGCCCCCCUCUCAAGCGUGGGGGUUGUCUGGACUCAGCUAGAUGGUGGCCAGAUCCUUCAAUGACCCCCGUCCAACCCAGUGCAGCUGGGAGGGGGCUCAGGGAGCCCCUCCUGCUCCUAAAAAGCAGAUGCCUGCCCCUUAACGAGAGCUGUGCCCUGCCAGCGAGGCCGAAACCUGGCCGUCACAGUGCCCCUUUCUGCCCUGCUGCCCUGUUUCCAUGCCGACAAGGCGGCUGCCAGUUAACGAGCUCAGCUAAUGCCACGUAACAAGGCUAAUUGGUCUCCCUUUAGCCAUUUUCUUGGCCCCUUAUAGGGCUUUAUUAUAUCCCACAGGCCCCUUCUGCCCCCUUCAGCUAACGAGGAAGCCUGGCCUAACGAAGCCUGCGGUGGUCUAGCGAUGGGGCCUCUAAUUGUCCCCCGGGGCCUAUUUUACUGCGUUGG